GUUUCGUCAUGAAGUUUGUCACUUAUUUCUUUGCAUCAGUUCUUCUUCUUUCACUGUGCAAUUCUGAACCUUUGCUAAAACAAUUAGGAAUUAUACCAAUCACCAAUUCAAAGUGUGGUGCUUCGGGCUCCCCAACAGUGGCUUGCGCUUUCACUGCAGUAUUUUAUUUCUACAUAACAUUGAUAUGUCGUGCCUUUUAUUCGUCGGGCAAUGUAGCCGAGAUUGGAUCAUUUUUAUUUGAGAACGUCCCUGCUCCAUUGAAUACCGUUUUUUCUAGUAUUUUCGGUGGGAUUUCAAACGGGGCUCUGACAACUGCAGAAAAUUGUCCAAUUACGUUUGAUAUUUGGAAUAACGAUCUGGAUCCUCUUUGCCCAGUGAUAUUCGAUCUCAUAUUUGAUAUUUUGGAAGCGACGUCACUUGGAGAGCCAUUGAAACCCAAUGGAACCGAAGGAAUUCCCGAACUUUCGUGCACAAUCAUUGCUGGUUACAGUUUGACCGAACGAGUGUUGUGUGCAUUGGAUUCAACUACCAUAGAAUUGGCAGCAUUUUUGCCGUGCUUGCUGGAUCAGCUACCUGUCGGUGUUAACAAUGUUGCAACAUCCGUAAUGAAUGGAUUAUUAAUGGGUUUGAAUAUAACGGGAGAACCCUGCGCACAAGCGUUACAGUUUUUCGACGAUAGUGUGGAAUCACUGUGUCCGGCACAACGUAAUCAAGUGAGCGAGACCUCCGAGCAAAUUUUGAAUCUAAUAAGUUUUUAACACAUUGUGAAUUUCGAUUAAAGAAUAUUUACUUCAGGCGAG